UGUGAUUUGACGUGAGUCGUGAAUCGAAAAUAUUUCGUAGUCGCCCUCGUUUGAUUGUAAUAAAAUUUAUUUGAAACAUAAUUUUGUGCAUGUGAUAUAAAAAGGUUCUCGAAGAAAUGAGAUGAUGUGAUUUUAAAUAUAUAAUAUUGAAAUGGAGUCUAUUGCUAAUCAAAAGGUGUCUUGUAUAGUCAACUUUGCGUAUGAUGCAUUAGAACCAGACGAGUUGACAGUGAGACCCGGUGACAUAUUACGAGACGUGGAAAGACUGCCAGGUGGCUGGUGGAAAGGAGAGUUGAGAGGAAGACGUGGAAUGUUUCCUGAUAACUUUGUAUCAGUGCUGACUGAACAUAAUAAUGCCAGAUCGGGUGUGGUGCCAGGGCGCUGUCGGGCCGUGUUUAGCUACCAACCUGCCAACCCUGAUGAAUUACCUCUGUGUGUCGGUGACGUGUUGGAAGUACUAGGAGAGGUAGAGGAGGGGUGGUGGCAGGGGCGGCGCGCGGGGCGGUCGGGCGUGUUCCCGUCCAACUUCGUGGUGAUGUUGGAGCCGCCGCCCGCGCAGCCCGCGCCCGCCGAGCCCGCGCCGGCGUUGCCGCCCAAACCUGUAAAGGAGCAAUGUCGCGUACUAUUCCCUUACUCGGCGGUGAACGACGACGAGCUGUCGUUGUCGGAGGGCGACAUAGUGAACAUCGUGUCGAAGGACGCGCCGGACCGCGGCUGGUGGAAGGGCGAGCUGCACGGGCGGGUGGGGCUCUUUCCGGAUAACUUCGUGCAGUUGUUACCGGCUGUCGCCCAAGAGGUUGAAGAAAAGAAACCGGACCGACCGCCUGCGAAGACGAAUCCGCUUUAUCCCGUACUCAACAAAUUCACCGAGAAAACCGCCUCUGUUAAAGAACUGACUACUUCUAAAGUAAGCAUGCACAAAGAAAAUACAUUAAGCAAAGAAAGCAGCACACAAAGUACAGUCACGCACACCAACAAAAGUGAAUCAGAAAAAGUUAUACAAAGUGAGACGGUUAUAGAUGGAACGCUAGAACAUAUAAAGAAACCUCCAGUGCCAUUAAAGAAAAGUCCUACUCCGACCUCAGGCGUAGGUGGGUUGUUCAGUGGAUUGAAAAGCAAAAUUAUCCCAUCAUCAGAGAAGACAGAGAAAUCAUCGACGACAGUAUCGAGUGGGAGCAGCAGUAGCGGCGAGUGGGACCGCACCGACGGCAGCGCGGCCAGCAAGUCCAGCGCCAACUCCGGCGCCAACACCAACAGCAAUGCCAACGCCAAUGCCAACACAGCCACUACGUUCGAUCACAUCGAAAGGAAUUCGAUCUUGAAUGAUCCGAGGGCCGGCAGGGUGAAGGCGCCGCGCCGCCGGCCGCCCAGCCAGGCGCUGCGCGACGACACGCACGUCGGCCUCACCAACGGACACGAGGCAGUUCCGUCGGAAAAGCCGGGGCCGGAGAAAGCGGAGGAGAUAAAACCUCGGACUCGUGAAUGGGAAAAGCACAAAGCGCCCUGGAUGGAGGAGUUGAAGUUGAACCAAGCGAAGAAGACGAGCUUCGGGUCCGAAGGCAAAUCGAGAUCGGUGUCCACUUCCUCUGAAGCAAGCGGUAUUGCUAGUAAAGCGGGCGGGGGAAGCACGGACAGAAUUUUGGAGUGUGGCUUAGAAGAGAAGCGAUCGUCACAUUCCAUGGAAAUGUCCAAGAGUACUUCAUCAAUAAGCAAUAGAAUAUCUGUGCUGGAGAGCUUAGAGCUCAGUAUAGAGACGAAAUCGCGUCAGUCUGCAGAACCUAAGAAAGACGUUCCACCGGAACUUCCGACGAGCAAACCGCCAACGCUACAGUCUCCCACCGCCGCCGGUCGAACGAUAAUCUCGAUGCUGGACGAGAUCAAAAAGCCCCCCGCGCCGCCCCCGCCCGGCGCGCCGUGCGCACCGAGCGCACCGAGCGCGCCGAGCCGGCCCAGCGCCGACGCCGACAAGCUGCCCAGCGUCAAGCCCGACAAGCCCGAGCGGCUGCCCGCCGUCGACAAGCACAGUGAAAUCUCCUCGAUUAGCAAGUUCAGUGUCGAGAAGUCGAGUGCCGGGACCACGGAGACGAGUGAGAUGAUCCAGGACAGGACCAUGAGCUCGAGCACCCUGGAGAGGCGGUUCCAUUCGCUGAAAACUGAUAAGGCUGAGGGUUCCGAGGUGUUAAUAGCUCAGCUCAAUGACAGGAUAUUAAACCUAGAGAAGCUAUUAGAAGUACAAAAUGCGAAAUUUAACGCUGCCAUUGAAGAUCUAACAAAUAAAUUAAAACAAGAAUCCGAUAAACGUCAAGCGUUGCAGUUAGAAAUAGAAAAACUCGCUCAUUGCGUCACACAAGUGUAAUGUAAGUGUUGCUGUAGGCAUUUUCCCGCGAAGUGGAUUGAAAUUUGGGGUUGAAAUGACAUUCGAGUAAAAGCGGAUCUUAAAUUCGAUAUGAGGCCUAAUAAUAAAGGUUAGAAUUAUUAGUAAUGCGAUAAAUACUACAAUUGCCGUAAAAUUGCGAUCGGCUGGCGAAAUAAUUAGAACAAAUUCCAUGUUACAGUAGCAUCGAUAUAUUCUAAGUCGUUUUGUUUGAACACAUGAGUACCACGCAGGCGUGAGGAUCCCGCAUUUUAACUAAUUGACAGAAUAUUAUGAUAAUAAUUUGACUGUUUAAUAAUAGUACCUUAUAAAUCAAUGACAAUUUUUGUGUACUUUGCAUUUGAUACAUAUUCGGUUUAAUGUCGUCAUUAUACAAGAAUUGUUAAUAUUUUAAACGCUUGUGAUAUAAUAAAUUCUUUGACAGUUUAAUGAGAUGUCAGUACUUAAGUCCGUAUGUACAUUCUAGAAGAAAGGGUAAGGGCCUUAGGUAAGAUUAUUGUAGGUAAUUCGAUUUUUAAUAUUAUGUGAGAUGUUGUUGAGAAUGUUUUCAUUUUUAAUAUAACUCUUUAUUUUGUUUUGUUUUUCUAAGUGCUACUACGUAGUCUGAAUUUUUAUAUAAGAGAUUAUGAGGUCGGAAUGUAGGUUAGGCGAAUAUUACUCUGUAUCUCGCAUCAUUGUCGUCGCGGCCAAAAUAGCGGAUAAAAUUUAUUUUACUGCGCAAUUAUCGCGUCUAUAACUUGGUCGCUCUUAUGUAACGAACUGUGAAUAUCAUCUAACGCUCAUCAUAAAUAAGAAACCGUUCAGCGACAGAUAAAACAUUGCCGAUAUAAAUUUACAUAUGUUGCAGAAAUCAAUGUAAAUAAAAAUCAUUAAUUUUGCAGCGAUUUUAAUUAAAUUAUUGGCGAAAUUUAUUCUUUGGCAUUUUGAUCAAGUUGGCUGUGACAUCGUGGCAGUGACUAAAUGGAAUAGUAUGUAAUAGCCUCGGAUGUCUUGUAUGAAUUUAAAAUAUGAACCCAAUUAAAAAUAUAACAUAAUGUAAAAUGUCUUAAACUGAACGGUUUCUUUCUAAUUGUACUUAUACUGUGGGGUUUCGUAAAUUGGUGAUGUAAGUCGUUCGAAAUUAUGUUUGAGCAGUCAAUAUUUUUUUUUUACAAAAAUAUCGUGCCAUUUAAUUUUGCUUUUCGCAAGUGUAAAUUGAGUAAGUUAUCUAUAGAGAUGGUAAAAAGAUUGUGAUUAAAUAGAUGGUACCAUCGUGGUGAUCAUCUAUUGUGAUUUGCACAUUCCAUGUUCGUAAGCAAAGUGUACAUACUUAUGGCAUCUUAGGGCCAAUUUCACAACGCACAUGCGGUUAUCAAUUAGUAUUGAUCUUUAAUUUUAUAUUAAAGUUGCUAUGUUACUCAUAAGUAAUAAAACAUUAAUAUCAUUCUAAUAAAAUUCAUAUGUCAUUAAAAUUAAAGUUCAAUAUUAAACAUAGUGUUUGUUAUUCUCUUUUAAUGCGCUUUCAACUUGAAUAGGUAAUAUUUGUUAUCGACUAACCAAUGUUCCCUUUAAUACUUAGGGAAUAUAUUAUAUUGUGAAAGCCAUAUUAUACAUGUAGUUAAUAUAUUUUUAUAUUUGUACAAACAUACAUGUCCAUAUGGUUUCAUAUAACCUCAUAUUUGUACCUUUUCUUCGAACAUAUCUUUGUAUUUAUUUCAUGUACAUUAUAAAUAAUUAAUAUUUACAUUCGAUACAGAUUUAAAACAUUUAUUAUAAAGAAAAUGUAACAGUAACUUGUAUGUAACAUUAACUUUUAAGGUUGUGUUGUACCAUCCAUUAUUUAUAUAACUGUGACAAUGUCUUGUGUUUUUAUCCUAUUACAUUUAGAAUGUUUAUUUAGUUCUUCCAUUGAAAUUAACUAAAUUAAUACAUCUUAAAGAUCUACUUUUAAUAUUAUAAAAUAAAUUAUGUUUAUAUAAUAAUUAAUUAGUGCCUAAUUAACUAUUUAGCAUCAAAGUUUUACAGACAUGCCGGUUAAAUUAUUAUUAUCAGAUGUUUUCUAACAUAAUAUAAUUUUAAAUAUAUAUAUAUAUAGCGAUGGACUGGAUUGAGUCGUUAUGAAAUGCUUAGUAUCGCUUUAGAGAUCGUAGUUUUGUUUAUCUUGUGAUAAAUAUUGCCUAACGCAUAUACUAAAAUUAAUAUGUAAAUUGUUUCAAUGGCUUUAAUAGUGCACAAAUAUGUCAAUAAUAAACGUUUAUAGAAUUUUUAUUACGCAAAACUCUAACGUAUAGAAACUAAAUAUUCACAUUUAUAAUAACAUAGGUAGUACAAAAUUUAAUAGCGUCAAUAUGACAGUAUUGGAUACUUGUAAAUUUAUUUGUAGACUUGUUUUUAUGACAAUCUGUCGUUAUCAAAUAGCUCGUGUAUAUGAAAUUGGAAAUGUAUUAUUUGAAUAUUGUUUGUCCUGCUCUUAUUUGUAAACAUUUAAUUUAGAUUUGAAGUGUUUGCAGAGUUUACUUUGUAAACUCAUGAUUUUAAUACUUAUUAUAUUCAUUUCGUUUCAAAUAUAUAUUUCAUAGUUAUCUCUGUGUGAUUUUUACACUUUCAUUGUCAUUUCGUUGACAUAUAUCAGGAUGCUUUGAACAGAUAUGUAUUUUAUGAAU